GACACGAAACGUUUUGCGACGGUUUAAAAAUCAUUGCAAAAACAUGUUUUUGUGACAGCAAAUGGCGGCGUUGUCAAAUAAAUUUUUUUGCCAUGGAAACUUCAAGACCAUGGCAGUAUGCUCUUCUCAAAUUAACUAAAAAAAGGGGGAAAAAAACCGUCUGUCUUCUCUAGUCGCCAUUCUCUGUCUAACUAGAGCUCCCAGUCAUCACAGCCCCAACAGCACCAGCGUGGGAAGAGCCUCACAGACUGUCUGUAGCAGUGGCGGCAGCGACUUUCCACGGGUUCUCCAUCCGGCAUCCAGUCAAACUUCGAACUGGGAGCAAAACAGAAGCACUGAUGAACAGAGCCAAAACAAGCCAAUCAGGUUUUGGUUCAUAUUCUAGCUUUCACCAAGAAUAUGUAGAAUGUGGCCGCCCUUGUAGAGCUAUGACGAAUCAAGAGUUAAUAGAUAAUGGAAAUCGGACGAUGGAUGAGGCUGAUCAAGCCAUUGAUAGGUCAAAAAAGAUCAUCCCAUGGACUUACAUGCUAUUGUAUUAUUUCUGUGUGCAUGCUCUCACCUUGUGGGACACAAUGGAAUUGAAGGAGACUGGAGGAGUUUAACUAAAGAGGAAGAUUUGGAGUUGGAGGAGCAACUUAAGCAUCUCAACAAGCCAGCAGUCAAGACUAUACAAAAUAAUUAUGGAGAUAUAUAUGAUUGCGUGGAUUUCUACAAACAGCCUGCAUUUGAUCAUCCUUUACUGAAGAACCAUACUUUUCAUUUUCAGAUGAAGCCCACUUCAUCACCUAAUGGAUCAAGACAUCAGGUUUCCUCAAAAGAUAGCAAACCUCUACAUGUAGGACUAAAGGGUGGAGGUUGCCCGGUUGGAACAGUUCCAAUUAGAAGAACUACUAAAGAAGAUCUCAUUAGAGAGAAACUUGCUUCAAAAAUAAUGACUCCUGCAGAUGGCAUUGGUGGUGCUGAUUAUGCCAUAGUUGAGACAAUAGAUGGUCCAAACAAAUACAGUGGAGCGUCAGCGGUGCUUAGUGUACACCAACCAGAUGUCGUGGGUAAACAAUAUAGUGCAGGGCGAAUGAUGAUUCAAAAUGGGCCUGAUAGCUUACAAGUCGGGUGGAGGGUGGAUCCAUCUCUGUUUGGUGACGCACGUCCUCGACUAUUCAUAUAUACGAAUGCAGGUCAAUCUCAUUGUUUCAAUACAAAUUGUCCUGGAUUUGUGAUUGUGGACACAGCAAUACCUCUUGGUCAAGUACUUGAAGAGGUCUCUAUACGUGGAGGGACAACGGUUGGGAUAAAAAUCUACAUCUUCCAGGACCUAGCUAAUGGAAACUGGUGGCUUGGAGUUGCGAAUACCAAUCUCGGAUUUUGGCCAAAGAGAAUACUUGGUGGCGGAUUAGCAAACUUAGCUUCACGUGCUGAAUGGGGAGGAGAGGUAUUUAGUCCACCGGGCACCCCGAAACCUGCUAUGGGGGGAGGUCAUUUUCUAAUUCAGGACACAAGAUAUGAUGCACACUGCAGGAAUAUUGCACUUAAGAGUCCAAGUGGAGGGGAUAUAAAUCCUCAAACAUACGAGUUUACAAACAAUAGAAAACUGUAUGAAGUGAAAGAUGAAGGAUACCAGGGGGCUCUUUUUGGGCAUCUGGGAAUUCAAGAAGAUGAAACCCGCCGAAGUUCCAGGGAGGUAUUACCAGCGAUGAAGCAGAAGCAUUGGAUUCUUGAUGGAGAAGAUGUUCGAGGUUUUCCCCAGCACCGACGCUUCAAAGGUGUCACUGCAGCAUUCACAUUUGGGAAGACGACGCUCGUAGAUGGUGGAUGA